AUGGCUCCACCUGCUGCGGAUAUUGAUGUGCAAUCUGAAGCACCAGCCCCUGAGACUCUCAAGAAGUCCGUCGGCCCUGUACCUAUCAAGACGACAACUAGCUCUAGACUUGACGGACCUUUGAAGUACACCGGAAGCCUCGACUCAUACGAGCAAUUUGAUGUCACCAAAGUCAUCGGUCGAGAAUUCCCCAAGCUCCAACUUAGCGAGAUCUUGCAUGAUGACACCAAGAUCCGGGAUUUGGCGAUCUUAAUUUCGGAGCGAGGCGUUGCAUUCUUCCGCAAUCAGGAUCUCAACAUCGACGACCAGAAGCUUCUGGGUGAUCGGCUCGGAAAGCUCACUGGGAAACCAGAAACAUCUACUCUUCACCGUCAUGCCCUCUCAAACAGCAAACGUGGCAUCCCAGUCGACGAGAAUGGCCGUCUCGAUGAUGAAGUAUCUAUCAUCUCUUCCGAGCAGAACCGCAAGUUCUACAAGGAUCGCUUUACCGCGUUCUCGAGGAAGAUUGCAAGCAACGGUUGGCAUGCAGACAUCACGUUCGAAAACAUUCCUUCGGAUUAUGCAAUCCUCAAAAUCAUUUUGCCUCCCGAGGACGCUGGUGGUGAUACGCUCUGGGCAUCGGGGUAUGAGGCAUAUGACCGCCUAUCACCACCCCUUCAGAAGCUCGCAGAGAGCCUUACCGCUACUCAUCACCAGCCGGGUUUCGUAAAGGUCCAAAAUGAUUUUGGCGAAGAGCUUAUUGACCAAAACCGCGGUUCUCCUGAGAAUAAUGGCCUUGACUUCAAGGCAGAGCAUCCCCUUGUUCGCACUAACCCAGUGACUGGGUGGAAGAGCCUCUUCGGCGCAGCUGGUCAGGUAGAAGCCGGUUGGAUUAACGGAGUUACCGAGCGCGAGAGCGAGAUUCUCAAAGAAUAUUUCCUUCAGUUGAUUGUUGAGAAUCACGACCUCCAAGUCCGAUUCAGAUGGAACAAGAAUGACCUUGCAAUAUGGGACAACCGAUCCGUGUUCCAUACCGCUACAAACGAUUAUGUCGGAAAGCGUCAAGGUAACCGAGUUGUGUCCAUUGGAGAGAAGCCGUACUAUGACCCAAACUCGAAGUCUCGCCGCGAAGCACUUGGGAUUCUAGCGGUAUAAAUUGAUGGUACAACUAUAACAGGGUAAUAAAGCGCCGUAACUGUUCUGUUUUGCUAGGCAAUUGGGAUUAAAUUGGUGUAGCUUUUAAUAAUAUUCAUUUUUGAGAACGAGUACCAAAAAGAGAUAACUUUUGGUAUAGGCUUUGAUAGCGCAAAUUGAGGUAUCAAUACACGCAACCGAUUUGUCGAGCAGAACGCUUUUAUAGCUGUUUAUUGAACAGCAU